UUGGUUUGUUUUCUUGUUUUUCUCGUUUUUGCUUUUACAAACCGAAUUCACGUCGUUUUUCUUGCAGAUGGACUCACAAGACAUAAUACGCCUACGUGCCUUGCUAUUCAAUGAUUCAAAAUCAAUCGGACAUGUUCAUGUUUUUGGAGAAAAUGGAAGUGGUCGAAGUGAAAUAAUCAGACAAAUUAUUCGAGAAUCAGACGAAAGUUGGAUUUGCACUGCUGGUGAUUUCCUAUACGCCGACGGAAACAUGAAACUUUUGCUUGAAUCUCUCGCCAAAGAUAUGAAUUUCAAAACUCGCGGCGAUAAAAUCGAAGAAUUUUUCUGUAAUUUAUAUGAAUCUGUAGAGUGGCCGAAUCCGAAGAGGAGAAAAGUUUUGAUAUUUUUAGACAACGCGCAAGCCGUUGUCAAUUUUUCAUCGCCAAUUUUACGCUGCUUUUUCAAUUCUUACAAAUGUGUGAGUCUUUUGAAAAGUAAAAUUUUAAACUUUUGAAUAUAACAUAAACAAUAUUGACAUUUUCAAGAUAUCUAACAUGACAGUUCGAUUUGUCACAUCAGCUCCAUCUGAAUGGAUAACUUAUCAAACAAAUAUUGCAAUCGGUCACUCACCAAUUCCUCAUUUUCACAUAAAAUCACCAAACGUUGAACAAUGCUCGCAACUCAUCUCAAAUGCUUUGCCAAAUGUUCCUAAACAAUUUAUCCGAUUUGCUGUUGAUUUACUUUUUGCGCAUUGUAAAUCACCAAAUACAAUUCUUCAAAUUAUCUCAACUGCAUUUUCCAAUUAUGGAGAAAGAGAAAAAUUUGAAGCAAAUCGAGCUGGUGAUUGUAUAAAAAAGGCGGCGGAUUAUAAAUUGGGAUUGCUUUGCAAUAAAAAUCAAGAAUCGACAACAUCUUCGGAUAUAAUUCAUAGCUUCGAAUCAAUGCCAACUUCAAUGAGAUAUCUAUUGGUUGCGGCUUAUUGUGCAAGCAACAAUUCAGCACUCACUGAUCGCAGAUUUUUUGUGAAGGUUUGUCGCUGUUGAAAACCAAAACCUUCGGCGCGAGUUUCGUAAAUUUCACAGAUAUUUGUAGUUUUAAUUGAGAUUUUCAUCAAAUUAAUGUUUUUCUGAAAAUAAUUCUCAAAAUUUUACAGAAUCACGGUCGAGACAAACGUUCUGAACAAAAAGAGCUUCGCGCGGAAGUCAAUCGUCAAUUGAGGGAUCUCGAACCAAAAGCAGCCGAUUUACAACGAAUUGUUUGUAUUUAUGAAAGUCUUGUGAUUCUUCACAAUGAUCGAUCGAUUCGUGGAUUUGAUGUUAAAAAUGUGGCAAGUUUUUUUUUCUGA